CGCUCCAGGUGUCCCGCUUGGCUCGAGACCAGAACUGUUUGGAUUUAACAGUCCGUGGACGGCCCGAGUCUGCGAGUCCAGUGACCGGUCUGUGAUCUAGUAUAAAAGCGAGGCCCAGAGGGUGAGAAGGAGAAGCCUCCCGCCCCGCCCCGCCAUGUGGCACACGCUGGUCCUGCUGCUGCUGCUCCCCUCUGCCUUGGUGUCCCCCUCCACUGCAGCCCCGAUCCGUGAUGCUGACGCCCAGGAAAGCUCCUCGGGCUUCCUAGGCCUCCAGAGACUACUGCAAGGCUUCACCCGGCUUUUCCUGAAAGAUGACCUGCUGCGGGGCAUGGACAGCUUCUUCUCUGCCCCCAUGGACUUGCGGGGUCUCCCUUCGAACUACCACCAAGAAGAGAACCAGGAGCGCCAGCUGGGGAACAGCACUCUCUCCAGCCACCACCAGAUCGACAAGGUGACCGACAACAAGACAGGAGAGGUGCUGAUCUCCGAGAAGGUGGUGGCAUCCAUUGAGGCAGGAGAUGGGAGCGUGGAGAGUGACUGGAAGGUACCCAAGAUAGAGGAGAAGGAGGCCCUGGUGCCCCUCCCAAAGGCCAUGGACAGCUUCCACCCAGAACCCCAUCCCCGAGUGGCCUUCUGGAUUAUGAAGCUACCACGGCGAAGGUCUCACCAGAGUGCCCCGGAGAGCAACCGCUAUCUCAGCGAGAAGGAACACCGCCUGCAGGCCAUCCGGGACGGGCUCCUCGAGGGGACCCGAGAGGAAGCCCUGCAAAAAGGGACCCAGGGCUCCCCCCACUUCAAGCCGCCUGCCCGCAAGACGCACUUCCUGUACAUUCUCAGGCCGUCUCAGCAGCUAUAGGUGUGGGGAUGGGAACACCUACAUGUACCCACAAUCAGACCCCACCCCCAGCUCCAUGUGGAAAUAAAGUUCUUACACCUAAAA